AUGUCGUCUGACGACGAAGAUUUUCGUGGUUUUCCAAAACCUGUUAAAGACGAAAAAUACAACAAUAAAAGAAUUCAAACAGAUUUUGAUUUAGUGGACAAAGAUGUUCAAGUAUCAGUUCAACAAAAGGAUAAGACAAUACAAUGUUUAAUUGAUCCUGUACCGUCAACGUCGUCUGAAACUAUACAAGCAACAAAAUAUAUUCAUCAAUAUGCCUUGGAGCAUAAAGCUUGGACUAAAGUUUUACCAUAUUUUACCUUUCAAUAUAACAAUAGUUAUCAUACUUCUAUUGGAACUUCUCCAGUCGAAAUUUUUUUUAAACGACGUUUAAAUAACACCUUGGAUUUAGGGCUAGAAACUUAUAAUUAUUUUACGGCAGAUAAACCACCAACACAUGAAGAGGUUAAACAAGCAUUAGUUAAAAUGAAUCAAAUUAUAAAUAAACGUAAAGGUAAUACUGUAGAUGUUAAAUACAGGGUGGAUCAGAUAGUCUGUGUGAAGCUUCCUAAGUAUCGUGCGACCUUUGAUACUGACAGUAAAUUUCAACCUAGAUAUUCAGGUCCAAAAAGAAUUUUACGUUUUACUGGACCAGUGUCGGUCGAGCUUUUUGACGAGAAUGAUAAUACUUUAUCUCGUGUGCAUAUGGACACCUACGAACGAAAUGUUAUGCAGACGCUAAACGUGGUACCUCAAGGUGGUAGCACUGAUAUGAUGAAGAAAGUGGAGAGAGCGUUGAGGCUCAUCAAGACGGUGGAGGAAGCUGAGCGAUGGAUGAUACUUAAUAAGCAGAACAUCCGCUUAUUCAAAAAGAUGUUGAUGUUAAAGAAAGAAAAUCCUCUGCGUCUUGAAGCUAAUAUUGGACUUUGUAAAUCAUACCAGCGGCAACUUCACCGACUGCGAUUAGAUUUAGUUAAGCAAGGUGGUGGUGUCACCAAAAAACAAAAUCGACAUCUAAUCUGGGAGACAAUUGAAACCCACCACCAGGGCAGGGUGAAGACUGGUAUGAUUACCAAUUUGGAUUAUAAAGAUCCAAAUAUAUUUUUCAACCGGGCAUUUCCAAUGUUUAGAAGACACGUUCGGCGUGAGCUAGUGAAUCAUCCCCUCAAGGUGUAUAUUAUGUUCACGGGCAAUUUCAUUAAGCCCAGCACCAAAGAGGAGGAUUUGAAAACUUUUAUAACGUCGGCUAAGGAAAUGUAUCUGACAACGGACAUGCAGGAGUGGUACAUUGAUCAUGUCAAAAACUAUUUGUUGAAAAAAUUGGAAGAAUUCCAGGAACGCGAUAGCGGUUGGGCUCUUGACAUGAUCAUAAAUAUUCGAGUCCACAUGAAUAAGUACUCUCCGAUCACAGCUGGAACAUUUUGCGAACUACCAUCUGCAAUUAAAUGUAGAAAAGCUGUGAUUAAUGUCCGGAAUGAUGACCAACAUUGCUUUUUAUGGUCGAUAAUGUCAGCACUUUACCCGGUUGAAAAGGAUCCUCAACCAAAGUUGGCUCGAUCGGGUGUAACAAAAUUCGAGCAUAAAAUUUAUUUAUGUGAUCGAUGUCUCAACUAUUUUGCUACAGAAGGCAAACUCCAACAGCAUUCAGUAAAUUGUGGUGAAAAAGAAGCGGUGCGGGUACGAAUGCCUGAAACUGAUGACGAGCGGUUCGUUGAGUUCAAAGAUUUCAACAGCAAGGAACGUGUUGAGUAUAUGGUGUACGCUGACUUUGAGGCACUAUUGGUACCACAACAUCAUGAAGACAUGGAAAUGGAUCAUGGGUCUUAUACAAAAAAUAUUCAAAAACAUGUACCCUACAGUGUAGGUUACUAUGUUCAUUGUACCCAUGAUCCCAACCAAUCGUUUUAUAAGGCAUACCGUGGUGCUGAUUGUGUCAAGUGGUUUGUUCAUGAACUGGAACAAGUAGCGUACUCAUUAGAGCAAAAAAUAAAACACGUUAAACCAAUGUAUCCGCUCACCGUCGAACAAGAACUGGAUUUUAUGUCAGCAGAGAAGUGUCACAUUUGUGGUAAAGAUUUCGUAUCCAAUUCCAUACGUGUUCGCGACCAUUCACAUCGCACAGGUAUCUACCGUGGAGCAGCACACCAAUUUUGUAAUCUGCAUUAUCAAGAUUCAAGGGUGAUACCUGUUGUGAUGCACAACUUAAGUGGAUACGAUUCGCAUUUUAUUAUUGAAGCUCUGCUGACGGAAAUCGACGGUCAAGUUGAUGUGUUGCCCAUCAACAAAGAAAAGUACAUCAGUUUCACAAAGCACGUCUCGGACAUUCAAUUAAGAUUCAUUGAUUCCUUCCGAUUUCUCGCAGACAAGUUGGAAAAUCUGGCCUCAUAUUUAGAUAAUGAUAAAAAAUCCAUUUUACAUAAAGAGGUCAGUAAUGAUGAACAAUUUCAAUUGCUAACGAGAAAAGGUGUAUUUCCAUAUGAAUACAUGAGUAGCUGGGCACGUCUCCAAGAGACAAAAUUACCACCAAAGGAGGCGUUCUACAGUGUGUUAACAGAUGAACACAUAACGGAUGAGGAUUAUAACCAUGCGAUACAGGUAUGGAACACAUUCAAUUUACAUACACUAGGUGAUUAUUCAGACCUGUAUAUGAAAACUGAUGUGUUACUACUUGCGGAUAUUUUUGAAAAUUUCCGUAACACUUGUAUUCAUAGCUAUAGUCUCGAUCCUAGUCACUAUUACACACUUCCUGGCUAUACGUGGAGCGCCAUGUUGAAAUACACCAAUAUCAAAUUGGAAUUGUUCACGGAUAUUGAUGACUUGUUGUUUAUCGAGAAAGGAAUCAGAGGCGGUGUAAGUCAAUGUUCUAAUCGCUAUGCUAAGGCAAACAAUAAGUACAUGGAAGAGGGGUAUGAUAAAACUCAAGAAGAUGUCUACCUUAUGUAUUACGAUGUGGUGAACCUAUAUGGUGCAGCAAUGUGUGGAUACCUACCAACAGGAAAUUUUAAGUGGGUUGACACACCAAACAUCGAGGAUGUUGCAGAUGAUUCACCAGUCGGGUACAUUUUAGAAAUUCAUACCGUAGAAAUUGGUUCAAUCAAGUUAGAAAUAUCAAACGAUCGCAUAUUGAAUCGUCCAUGUGAAGUAUAUAAUAAAACAUAUGAACAUGGUGAAACAUUUCUUUUGGAUUGUAGAACACAGUGCACAUGUCAAAAUGGUCGCUACGGAUGUUCAUCGCUAUGCCCUCAGGAAUCGAUGUCUCCCCGUUGUCGGCAUCCACAGCUAUUGGAAAUGCCAGGACAUUGUUGUCGUCAAUGGUUAUGUGAUCCACCUCCGCCACCAAGAAUAUUAACAAAGUCUCCAGGUAGUAACUUACAAUCAGAUGUAUUACCACCAUCAUCAUCGUCGUCGUCAACUUUGUUGUUAUCAACAGAACCAUUAAAAAUGAACUAUGAACAGAGUCAUCGGAAUUAUAUAACAGGUUCGUAA